AUGGAGCCGCCGCCGCUGCCGCCGCUGGGGGCGGGGACGGUGCUGGAGCACCGGUCGGCGUCGGGGGAGGAGCGGCACCGGAUCGAGCGGGUGGCACGGUUCGUGGCGCGCGACCGGGACGGGGAGCUGGCGGAGGCGCUGCUGCUGCGGCUGCUCAGGAUCACGCGCAACGGCCGCCGGUGGGGGUUCCUGGCGCACGACCACCCGCUCCACCCUUACUACCUCCAGCAGAAGGUCUCCGAGCAGUGCCGCAUCCUGCGCCCGCGCCACAACGCCAUUGGCCGCUGAUCCGCCGCCGCCGCCGGUGUUCACUAAUUUAGCCAGCCAGGUCGGCGGGAUGCUGAAGACUCGGUUCAGCUGUUGUUUAUUUCAAGU